CACGAAGGGCGCGGAGUGGACAUCAAAAUCAAUUUGCGGUGAUGGCAUCGCAAGUGCCGACAGCAUGUGGAUUAUUUCUGAGGAUCCCUCUCAGUGCAAGUGGGGAAAGUGGUGCAAUCAGGUACACAUUGAGCAAGGGUGGAUGCAAUUUAAAAAGAAUGAGUUUGAGUCAUGGUCUAAUGGUCUUGAAAGACGUUUUAAUGAGCUCCCUCCAGAUCACCUGUUUUCUGUCCACGACCCUCAGCUCAAGACCACCUUGAGCCUACCAAAAGCCAGUAUAGCCGGCUUCUCACGUGGCUUAUUUCAGGGAUCCGCCAAGAAGGCUCCAAGUGUUUGUAUGCUAUUUCAGCGCAGCCGUUGCACGGCCAAUACGUGCUGCAAUCAGAUACACGUGGAUCAAUCGUAUUUGCAGCUGCAUCGUCGGUGGGUGUGCAAUGGCGAGCAACUUCCUGAGGAGAAGCGCAGAGAACUUUGGGAACAGAUGAACUCCGUGCUAGAAUCGCUCCUGUCACGUUGCGAUAGGGAAGCCAUCGCCACGAAUGAUAUGUAUGACCCCGCGAGGGAGUUGAAUCCGCAGGCCCAACCGUUUGUUCCAUCACCACUCUCAACACCACAACCCACCGAAAAAUUUGUGGGGGAGACUGGUGCGAAAAGGAGGGAGAAAAGAAAAGACGACGCUUGCCACGUGAAGGGAGAGGGCAAAGGCAUCAAUUCCUUUGCUACUCGUCAAUCCAGGAGCCACGUUUCUGAUUAUCCAUUUUCUGCGGAAACUGAAAUAAUAUGUACCCCCAUGAAAUCACAGGGGGUGGUCUCCACGGGUACACGCUCAAAUCAACAUCAUCAGCAACAGCAGGAGGGAUUGAACAAAAACAUUUCUGCCAACGGUACAAACUGCAUUAAUUCCCGCUCGCGUAAUAACAAUUCUGCUGGAGCCUUUUUACCUUUAGGGGAGUUUGUGACGGUGGUGGACGGAGAUGAGCGAUCGCAGUCCUCCCUUCAAGCGAGUCAUAGCAAUAUAAGUCAUGCCGGUCGAAGUUACAAGCACACGAACAAUCCCUACACAUUUGGUGGAAGCUCAAGCUGCGCCGCCUCCCCCAGCUUUGGAUGGGUACAGCCCAUACGGAGUGCGGGAAAUAGCUGCACCACGAUGCCAAACAGUUGUGCUGGUGCAGAGACCGGUGGUUCCAAUGCGGGCAAUGGUGUAUGGGGGAUGCGAACAAAAGCGGAUCCAUCGCCCGCUGCUCCCGAUAAUCGUUCUGCGCUUUUUGGAGCUCAUCACGAGUUUGAUAACAGCUUUUGUGCUUUAUCUCCUUCUUUUCAGUGGAAUGCCUCGGGCAGCACGCCUGCCAAGACAAUAGAGGAGCUUCAGAAGGUCUCGCCGGACAUGGACCAUACGAAUGCGGAGGAGAAUGGGUUUUUGGAGACCCCGUGA